AUGGGUACUUUCACUGCUCUAACAAGGUCACUGGGUCAUCACUGUGUGAAAAAGUCGAGAUCCUAUAACUUUCCGAAUCCUUACGUUUACAGCGACGGUCAUCAGUACCAAACCCAUAGAACCCUCAUCUUGGACUCCCUGCCCUCUGAAUCAGUCAAGCUCAGAAGGUUGUCUGAUUCGGAUUCUGGGAUUGUUGAGGUUAAUUUGGGUAGGCCUGCAGCGAAAAAUUCAAUUGGGAAGGAAAUGUUAAGAGGGUUACGCAAUGCUUUUGAAACAAUUGAAAGCGAUGACUCUGCUCAAGUUGUUUUGAUUUGCAGUUCGGUUCCAAAGGUUUUCUGUGCUGGUGCUGAUUUGAAGGAGCGCAAGACAAUGACUCCAUCUGAAGUUCAAAAUUUUGUGAAUUCAUUGCGUUCUACAUUCUCGUUCAUGGAGGCACUCCGUGUUCCUACUGUUGCUGUUAUUGAAGGAGCAGCAUUAGGUGGUGGACUUGAAAUGGCUUUAUCAUGCGAUCUUCGGAUAUGUGGAGAAGAUGCAGUAUUGGGCUUGCCAGAAACAGGACUUGCCAUAAUUCCUGGUGCAGGUGGGACGCAAAGACUUCCUAGGUUGGUAGGAAAAUCAUUGGCCAAGGAACUUAUAUUUACUGGCCGCAAGAUUGGUGGCAGAGAGGCCAUGUCAAUGGGGCUUGUCAAUUACUCUGUCCCUGCUGGUAAAGCUCAUUCAAAAGCAGUUGAAAUUGCUCGGGAAAUUAUUCAGAAGGGUCCAAUAGCAAUCAGGAUGGCCAAAAAGGCCAUCAAUGAGGGAAUUGAGUUAGAUUUACCAUCAGCUUUGGAAUUGGAGGAAGAGUGCUAUGAACAGCUCUUGAACACGAAUGAUCGUUUGGAAGGGUUGGCAGCAUUUGCUGAAAAGCGGAAACCAAGUUACAGAGGGGAAUAA